UGACAGCAGAGAAGUGACGCGUGGUCAAAGUUGAUGUCAGAAGUGUCAAACCCGCUUUCUCUCUUUUUCGAAGUGUCAAAGCGACGGAAACAUCAACAUGACGUGUAAGCGGAGAAAUGGAGGGCGCGCCAAGCAUGGACGCGGACAUGUAAAACCCGUCCGCUGCACCAACUGCGCCAGGUGUGUCCCAAAAGACAAGGCAAUCAAGAAAUUCGUCAUUAGAAAUAUUGUCGAAGCUGCCGCAGUUAGGGAUAUCACUGAGGCUUCAGUAUAUAAUCAAUACCUCCUUCCCAAGUUGUACGCGAAGCUUCACUACUGUGUCUCCUGCGCUAUCCACAGCAAAGUCGUGCGUAACAGGAGCAAGAAGGACAGGAGGAUCAGAACUCCACCACAGAGAAACUUCCCAGGAAGGGACCAGAACAGGCCUGCAGCCGCUGCCAGGAAAUAAGUUCUUUUUCAAGGUUAUAAUUUAGGUUUAAAUAUGUUUUAAUAAACAACUUGGAUUCUGA